AUAGUUCUUUACUCAGUUGAUCGCGCACAACAGUGUAUGAUACACUUAAUAGACAAUUUAGAAAAAAAAUCACUUUUGCUCGGUUUUCAAGUUGUGUUCAAGGCAUCAUUGGAUUACUAAAUUGAUACAACAAAGGAAAGUUAAAAGCAAACAUCGACGAUCAGGUGGUUGAUACGCAACGGACAAAUUCAUAUUUAACUAUAUAGAAUACGUCCAAUUGCAAUAAAAUCGAAUAGAAGACAAGGUGAAGAAGACAUGGCAUCAAAAAAAGCAUCCGAUCUACGACUCCGUUUGCGCAAUCUAUUUCUUGAACAGAAACACACCGACUGCUCGUUUCGAAUAGACAAUACUAUCAUCCACACGCACAAAAUAAUACUGGCGACUGCGUCGUCUGUCUUCGAGGCUAUGUUUUAUGGGCCAUUGGCCGAAUGUAAAUGCAUCGUCAUAUCAGACAUCAAUGUGGAUGCCUUUCAGAAGAUGAUCAUGUUCAUCUAUACCGACGAGGUGGACAUGACGGAUAUCAGUGUCGACGAACUGGUAGAGCUGUAUUACUGUGCCGAAAAGUAUCUAAUUGACGAACUGUUGCUGAAAUGCUGUCACUUAAUCGAAUGCACUCUGAACUAUCAAAACAUCUUGCGAGCAUUAGACUUGGCAGUUUGUAUGGAUCUUGAGGAGAUUCUAAAGAUUUCUCUCAAUUUUUUCAUGAAUUGUUGCUUAAACUGCACCACAUUCUCCAAGGUAAUCCAGAAGAACGAUGUUCACAUAUCGAAAGAGUGCCUAAACUACAUACUCGGGUGUGACAUCAAAGAGCAAAACAUCAAUCUGGUGUGUUUGAUCAAAGAAUGGUGUAAAACUGAAUCGGAACUACUUGGUUUGGAUGCUUCGGAAUUAGUAAAGGACUUGAACAUUCCAUCUGCCAUUGAAAUCGAUGUGCAAAAUAUGGAUACGUUGGUGAUCUCUCAAAACACAUUUAGGAAUAGCCGCAAUUCUUGGAUACUGUGUCAUAGGACUUACUUGAAAGCCGUACGGCCUCUGUACAUCGGUGAUAGUGGAACGGAAUUCAUUACAUCGUUAACGGUUGAUCGUGUGGUUGCCGUAAAAUCGUUGAUAAUUAAUAGCAGAUUGUCUCCGUUCAUUCGCAAUUCCCCUUAUGCCUACACGGAAAAUGUUCGCGCAACCAUACGCAGUGCAGACGGAGUGAUCACUUCACAGAAAUUCGUCAUAUUCAAUGUCGAAUACAAUUCGAGCGUAUGUUUAGCAUUCGAAAGUGCCAUUCUACUGUCGCCGUUCGUGGAUUAUGUGGUGGAAUUCAAAUGGGACAGCUAUACGUACGACAAUGAGUAUCCGAAAAGUAUAAUGAACUUGGUGGAGAAAACCGAUUUGUGCACACUGACAUUCGAUGGGAAAUCGGUGGAAAAUGGUUCGAUCAUUGGGAAUGGGACCGGAAGUAUUCUGAAUGGGAUUGAAUACGCCGUGCUUAGUUAGAAAAUGUUUGUGUGUAAUGUGCAAACCACAAAUCGUGAUGUCUGUCAUGUUUAGGAUGUGAACAUUUUUAAAUAAUAA